UAUUAAACCCUAGAAUGUCUCGCGUUUCCAAAAGGGUUUACGAUGCCAAGAGCACUUAUCCGGACCGCACUAAAUCCGAGGAGAAGUCUUUUACGGAAGUAAAUGUGCCUAUCAAAAAGCUAGAUACUGCUCUCCUCUUGCUAAGCUCCAAAGAGGACUGUGUCCUUCUGACAGUCUUCAGUCAUAUCACAGACUUUGCCCGCCGCCAGGACAUGAAUGUCCUGGAGCUGAGGGCCCAUGGUUUACUAGAGCUGUUGCUUGAAAAGGAUCUUUUCAUCAGCUCGGAAAACACAAUGAUCAGACGGUUUUCUUUGUACCUGCUCACUGCUCUGUUGGACAGCACAGACAUGUCCACCUACGAGCCAGAGCAGACGCAGAAGAUCCUGGAACUGGCUUGUAGAUUCUACCUAAAAGAGAGCGACGACUUCUGCAACGAGUAUCUGACUUAUAUAAUCAAUGUGUGCUUAAGGGAUCCCCAGAUGGCCCACGACAUUGUGGAAGAAACCGAGUUCCUGGAGAAGCUUAAGUUAGUGUUCGUUAAUUCCGAAAAUCCGGAUACCGUUUUUAACUCUAUAGAGGCUCUACAUCGGAUGCUUCUGGUCCAAAGUGCCGACCAGAUGCUGGAGUUCACAACUAUGCCAGAUUUUCCGGUGGAUCGAAUUAUUUGCGAGGUGACCAAUGAAUUUCCGGAGAUUCGCAAGGCGGCCUUAAAAACAUUAAAAACCCUACUGGCCGACACCAGCGAGGAUAGUGUCUUUGAGCCACUGCAUCGUUGCUUCUUUGUUCUAGAGCAGUUAGUCAAAGCAUUUUGCGAAAAUCCCCAGGGACCGGAGGCGGCCGAUAUCAUCGAGGUUCUGGCCCCGGCUCUGCGAUCCGAAAAGAUGACCAAGCUGUUCUUCGAGCAAAAUCUGUUCGACCUGGUCGUUGAGCAAAUGCGCAAUCACAUGGACAUAAUGCCGCUGGAGAUGUGCUGCACCAUAAUCUCAAUAUUUGCGGAAACGGCUCAGUACGAGCAAUUUUUGCAGCGAAUGCAUAAAGCUGAGAUCACAGACAUGUUCCUUAACUGCCUGAUGAAGAACAAACCGGCUCCGGCCGCCUUCGUCAUAAUGGGACUUCACCGUAUGUCUCAGCAUCCGGAUGCAUUGCGUCGAAUUGUGGCCUCAUAUGAGGAGGGAGCUAUCCGUAAGCUGGUGUCUAUUCUAAUGUCGCCAGAUGUACCUAUAAAGAUUCGGGAGCAGGCCGCUGAGUUCCUUUCCCGUCUACUGGUGGCUGCCUUCCGGGAUACAGCUGCCCAACUGAAGGAACAGGAAGUUGCCGCCGUUCUUACAGCGAUCAUCACUCAGGGACAACCUACUCUGUCCAUUGAUCUGAUACUCUCUCUGCUGACGAUCAUCGAGAGUCUGGCCCAGAAUGAGGAAUACCGCACAAUCCUGGGGGAGUAUAGCUCGCUAACGGAGCAGAUUGCCCAACUACUAAUGCGUUCCUUUGCUCACUCCAUUUUGGUGAACAAUAUUUUCCGCUGUCUGUGCACUUUGAUCGAUGAGGCUCCGGUGCGUGAGACCCUGCUGGCCAACUAUAUAGUUUCCUCUAUUAAGCGGGCUCUCAAGUCGCUUUCCAAUCUGGUCAAGACCUCUGUGACCAACUUCAUUCUUCAGACCACUCGGUUCAAUGAGUUCAUAGACGCCUAUAUUGAUCGUGGGAUCCUUGAAGUUUUGUUAGAGUUCCAGAAACACUCAUUCUGUGUUUCCACCUGGGCACCGGCCAUCGAGAGCAUCUUGUCCAAGUGUCCCACAAUGAAGUUUGCCAUCCGCAACUGUCUGAACUUCACGGAUAUUACAGCUGGCAAAGACUUCUUUGUUUCGCGUAGGAAAUUCGAAGAUUUCCGGACUUUCCAGGAAAUUUUACGCAACGAUUGCUCGCCUUUGGAUGCCGUUUUGGUGGUAAACUUCGAUCGGCCCAAGGCUGAUGUAAAUGAUGUAGUCGACGUGCCACUACGGUGCUUGAACACGAUCACAGAUGUACCUGGGGAUCAGGGUUGGGACUACUGUAAGAGGCCCGGAGACAACUUCUUGCCGCAAUACUUGGAGGCACUUAACCAGACACUGGCGAUCCAUGGUUUGGUGGAGAAUCCAGAGCGUAUCCGUCGUUGCAUUGACUUUGAUAACGUGGCCAAGCGGAGCAAGCUGAUCGCCCAGGCGGUGUUUGCUGUGAUGAACGACAAUCUGAAGAUAAUGGAUCUCAAUUCGACGGAGGAGUGCAGCCGAACUACAGUGCGUUGUCACCUGCAGGAACUGCGCCACAUCCUGCACACUAACUUCAUUCCACUGGGCUUAGUUCGCAGUGGCUGCCAAUUUGAACGUGCGAUACUCUUCAAAGGUUUGGCGGAUCAGAUCGGACUGCCGUGCACACUGCAGCGUAGUGUUGAUGGCAGAAUGCUUUACAAUGAGGUGCCACUACCACUGGAACCAGAAAAGGAUAUACACUGCGAUAAGAAGACGCUGAAGUUCAUGCCAUGGCGUAUGCUGCGACCCACCCAUGUAGUCGAUCUUAUGUACAAUGUGGGCGAACUGUAUCCGAUGCAGAGUCGCCAGGCGCUGCAGUACCUUCGCCUCUACUAAUCUUAAAUUUCGAAAUUUUCAAAACCAUUUUUCUGUCUCUUGCUAAAUUAUUCUGUCCCAUUUUUUAUCACCUGCUGAAUGCAUAUUUAGUAAAGGGAUUUCGUCGGUUUGAA